GUUACUAAAUGAGGGGGAAAGAAGAUAUUUUGUACUAGCCUAUUUUGUAUAUAAUUACAUAUUACACAUGCUAGUAAUUGUAGAAAGUAGAUGUUAAUCAGCAAAAGUAGUCAUUUAAUUAGAAUCGCCAUAAGGUUAAAUAAAUUUAUCUUAUAACAGACGCCUAUGGGAGACGCCCCAGCAAGAUAUCAGGUGGCACAAGAACAUCCAUCAAUAGUCUCAAUUCGGUUCUACGGUCAACAUAUCUGCGGAGGAGUUUUUAUAACAACCAGACACAUAUUAACCGCAGGCCACUGUCUGUCUGAUGAUGAUGAGUUAGGACAAGGCAUCGUGCGCUACCCGAAGUUCCUAAUAACGGUGGCGUCAGGAACUAAUAACUGUUACCAUCCGGCAAAUGUUCAUAAAAUAAAGAGCUUUACAAUCCACCCGCACUACCAAGGGUCCAUCAGCGAUUAUGCCAACGAUAUUGCCAUUAUUGAGUUGGAAUACGCCAUACAACCCGACGAAACCCGACAAAUCGCAAGGCUUCCUCGGGAAAACACAUCACCAAAUGUUGACGCUACUGUUGUGUUGGAUGGGGGACAUCCUACGAGGGAGAAAAAAAAUUGUCGGAGUUGUUGAAGAAAGCUGACGUUGUCACCAUUGAUAAUUAUGAGUGUCAAAGCAGGAUACGAAGUUUUAUUUAUGCGGGACAACUUUGUGCGACACAACCUUGGGGUACAGGUUUUUGCGAUGGCGAUAGUGGUGGCCCCUUGUACAGCAGAAGCGGAGAAUGCUUGGGUAUCAUAUCAAUAUAUCCUUUGACUGCGGGAAAGGAAUACCAGAUGUCUACACUCGCGUUUUCCACUACCUCCAGUGGAUCAAAGCCACCAUUAAAUAUAGUCUUCUCAUCCUAAUUAUUAAUAAAAUUGAGAUGAAAUAUAUAUGAAGCCAUUUUAUUCGUAAUGUGAUUAGUCAAAUACAUUAUAAGCAUAAAAACUUGAUUUCUAGUAUAUUAUAGAACGUUGAUUAAAUCUAAAAAUAAAAUCUUAUCUAUACA